AUGAAUUAAAAAUAAGGAUAGGAAAAAUGUUAAGAACACUCUGAAAACAUUGUUGCAAUAAAUCGAUAUGAGAAAGAUUUUGAAAAAAGAGGAUUGUGUAGUAAGUGUAUGGCUAAUAGAUACAAAAAGGAAGUGAUGCAUAUUUAAAAUUCUAUCGACUAGAUUAAACAAACUAAGCAAAUACUAAAAGAAGAUAGAUCAAAUAUCUUAUAAAGUAGACUAGAAAACAUCCAAAAAUUAAAUGAAAGUGUUGAAUAGUUAAAAAAUUUCUACAUCUAAUAAUUUGAUUUGAUCAUCACAUCUAUUAAUAAGUGGACAUAAUCAAUUUAAAAUAUAGAAGAAGACUUCAUUAAUAAGGCAUAAUCAUAAGAAUGUUAUGAUUAUUAACUAUUUGUUGAAUUUAUUACGUAAGAAUAAGAAGCUCAAAUUCAAACUUAGAUUGAUUUUAAAAUUUAGAUACAGAACUUAUUACUUUCAUUAACUGAAACAGAUUUAUUUAAAACAUGUCAAAAAUUUUUAGAAAAUCAAUCAACAGAAACAAUUUUAUUUGAAAAUGCCGAAAACGAAGAUGAUUAAGAAUUAGAAGUAGUAUAAUUAUUUUGAAUUUAGGAACUUUGUCUUUUAUGUGAUGAUCAUAAAAAAUAAAUUACUCUGUUUGAUCUUAGUAAAGACAGACCAAAUUAAAAGCGUAUUGCAUGCUUAAGGUGCUUAGAUGGUACAAUAAAUUAAUAUACUUCAAUUUAAAUAGCUCAUAAUAUUUGGUAAUAAGUGCAAUAAAAAAGGUUAGAAAAAAUGAAUAAAAACUCUGAUAUAUUCUCAAUAAAAGUUAAUAAUCUUAAAGAUUAUUUAUAAACAAUAUAAAAAGGAUAUAUUUCAUAAAUUGGGAAUACAGUAAAUCAAUUAAAUAAUAUUUAUAAAAAUUAUUCUAACCAAGUCAAUUCAAAAACUACUCAUUUAAUAAAUACAUCUUGGAAAAAUUUAUCUAAGGAAGAAAUUCUCAAAAUAGCUUAAGAUUUAAGUUAAAUUAAUGAGUAUAAUAUUAUAGAAGAUCCAUUAUUAAUGGAAUAUAAUAAUUAAGAUAAUUAAAUAAAUGCAGUUAUUAAAGAUACUGUUUUAAGUUUAUAAGAAUGUUAAAAAACUUAAUUAAAUAAAAUAAAUGGUUAAAUAAACAAUUAAUUAUCAGUGGAUGAUUUCAUAAUUAAGAUUAAAGAAAAUCCUAAAGAAGAAGAUUGCUAAAGUUUAAGACAAAAUAAAAGUUAAUCAAUAGAAAAAUCAAUUAUCUUAGAAUCUAAAUUAAGAGAGUUGGAUUUAUCAAUUAAUUUUAAGUUAUCUUAAUAACAAUAUUCUUAAACUAUUUAAUCUGAAUUUAAAUAAUAAUAAUUAAACCAAAGCAUUUAUAAUUUAAUACAGAAUAAGCCAAUUAAAUAAAAUGAAUGGUGCUAUGCAAUAGCUUUUAAUUAAGAUAAUUCAACUAUAUUAGUUGGUAGUAAUAAAUAAAUUAAAGUAUUUGAGUUCAAAUAAGAAUAAUUAAAACAAACUUAGCUUUUAAGUGAACAUUCAAAUGAAAUCUGUACUUUAAAUUUUAUGAAGCAAUCUAAUUAAUUUAUAUCUGGAAGUUAUGAGAUCAUAAUAUGGUCUAUCAAUGAAAAAAAUUAAUGGAUUUGUAAAUAGAAAUUAAAUGGACAUAUUAGUUUUAUUCGCUGCUUAAUAUUGAACAAUGAUGAAGAUCUUAUCAUAUCUUGUAGUUUUGAUAAAACAAUUAAAUUUUGGAUAAAGUAAAAUGGAUGGAUUUGUUCACAAACAAUAACAGAUCAUAUUAAUUCUGUAUAUGGGUUAAGUAUGAAUGAUUCAUAGAAUAAAUUGAUUUCUUGUGGAAGUGAUAACUUAAUCUUAAUAAUAGAAUAUUCAUCAUAAGAUAAAAAAUGGUCUAUAAUAUAAAAGAUUAAAGUUGAAAAUUAUGGAAUUAGAAUAUGUUUUAUAAAUGAUAAUAUAUUUACAUUUUAACCUUAUUCUAAAGAGUAGAUGCAUAUUUAUGAAUUGAAUAAUACUAACAAAUAGUAUUCAAAGACAAAGGAUUUGAUAGUUAAAUGUGGAUCUGAUGGUGCUUGUCUAUUUCCGUAAUAAUAUAUAAAGCAGAAAUGUCUGCUUGUGAAUAAGAAUGGAUAAAAUAUUAAUUUGAUUAAGAGGAAGGAAAAUGGAGAUUUUAUCACUUAAUAAUCUAUUGAUUUUGGAACAAGUUCUUUAUUUGGAAUAAUGAGUGAUAAUGGAGAAUAUUUAAUUACAUGGGAUGAUAUAUCCAAAGAAAUUUAGAUAAGAAAAUAUUAAGAAAAAUGA